AUGCUUUGGUUAUCCACAAACAAAAACAUUAAAGAUACUGAAAAGUUAAUUGAAAAUACUUGGUUUACAUUAUUUCUUUACAAGUCCAAUAAAAAUUUAAAUAAAAAAUAUUUUGUAUUUGAACCAAAUAAUAAAGAUUAUAAACCAAUAACUGGGAAGGAAAAUAAAUUAAAAACUCUGAAAAUUCAGAUCUAUCCUACAAAAUUUGAAUCUAAAAUGCUUAACAAGUGGUUUGAUGGAACUCAAUGGACUUAUAACAAAAUAGUAGAAUUAUAUUUUUAUGGAAAAUUUAACCAUACACAAGUUCAUGAAUGUUUAAAUGAUAGCUAUAUUGAAUAUUAUCCAGACCUACAUUGGUUACAAU